UGUUUCCAUGACUACACUGUGACUCGUUAGCAUUUCGCUGCAGCAGCCUAGCAUAGCUGCACGGAGAUGACCAGCUCACAUUUCUCUUCAUAAUGAGCAGCUCUCUGUUUCACCAAGUUAUUUAGGUGUCUCUAUUUGUCGUCGGCUCCAACAUGAUGACUUUCCAGGUUAACCCGUCGCGACCAUCCAAAGCAAAGGUGUUAAUAUCACAGGGAAGCUCAAACUGCAGCCAGCGCGGCCCUGCUGUGACUGAAUAUCCAGGAUACAGGAACUUAAGAAUGGGAGCAGAUGGAGGACCAGCCGCUUUCAGGCAAAAUAGGCUCGUAAGGAAGCAAUUUCCUGCGAUACAACCGUUGCACAUCAUCUCUGCAGAGUCCAGGGACUGGAAGGACCUGGUCAGUGACUUCAUUGUUGGAGGGUCACCUUAUUUAGCCACAGAUGUCAAACUGGAGUUUGAAAACAGUGACCCAAAGGAGGACCUCUGUGGCAGACAGUUUCUGUUUGAUAAGAGAUGUACAAGGUUAGAGAGAACCAGAACUGAGAUUCCUCCGCUGACAAGGGACUACCAUGUGCACAGACCUGGCAACCUGCAUCCCUUCGGAGUGUCCAAGGAGCUGUCCCACAGCCACGUACAGCGGCCCUUUACCCUGGGGUGCCCUGAAAGAUAUGAGCUCAAUGCAACUCCAGAAAUUCUCUUUCCAACCACUUUGGUCCUCAAUGGCCGAAACACCUUCUCAGUGGGGAACUGCAAGAUCAGCAGGCCUAAGGUGAAUUACCCUACCUACACUCUGCAGACUGUUAGAGAAAAUCAAAAGAACCAACCCUUUCCAGACCCAAUGAUCGGAGCGCCCCGCUCCUUCAUCCACAGGGUCACUGAGCUGUCCUCUCUGGAGGGGGAGACAGUGAGACAAGAAAAGCUGAGGAAAAUGAAGAAACACAGGAAACCACCAUCCUGACAAUCACCUUCUCCCGAGCCAUACGGGUUAAGGAUCAAAACCUUGGAGUCUGUGCCAAUGAGGUCAGAGCAAAAUAAAACACUAUGUGCACCGUG